CUCCCGCGUUCCACCGGGCGGCAUCCGGCGGCGGCCGCGGGGCCCGUGGCUCCCCCUGCGGGUGGCUCCGCGGCGCACACGGCGGGCCUGCUGGCUGUGGGGGGGUGCCAAGGUCCUGGCAGCAUGACGACUGAGACCUUCGUGAAGGAUAUAAAGCCCGGCCUCAAGAACCUGAACCUCAUCUUCAUUGUGCUGGAGACAGGCCGAGUGACCAAGACAAAGGACGGCCACGAGGUGCGGACCUGCAAGGUAGCGGACAAAACGGGCAGCAUCAACAUCUCCGUCUGGGACGACGUGGGCAACCUGAUCCAGCCUGGGGACAUUAUCCGACUCACCAAGGGGUACGCCUCAGUGUUCAAAGGUUGCCUGACGCUGUACACUGGUCGUGGGGGUGAUCUGCAGAAGAUUGGAGAGUUCUGCAUGGUUUAUUCAGAGGUCCCUAACUUCAGUGAGCCCAACCCAGAGUACGGCACCCAGCAGGCACCCAACAAGGCGGUGCAGAGCGACAGUUGUCCCCCCGCCUCCCAGCCCCCCACAGGCCCCCCUGCCGCUUCUCCAGCCUCUGAGAACCAGAACGGCAAUGGACUGAGUACCCCCUCGGGUCCCGGUGGCGGGCCACAUGCCCCUCAUACUCCUUCCCACCCCCCCAGCACCCGCAUCACCCGAAGCCAGCCCAAUCACACACCUGCCGGCACUCCUGGCCCCUCCAGCAACCCCGUCAGUAAUGGCAAAGAAACCCGCAGGAGCAGCAAGAGAUAGCAAGACACUUGUCCUCUCUUGCCGCCACCACCCAACGUGACCCCCGCACCUGCAAAAGAACCAGAGAGCUCUCUUCAGGCAGUGGCUUGGGGAUGGAUGGGGCCACGUAGCAGAAUUGUAGCCACUGGACUUCACUGCCCUAGGCAGUGAGCAGUGGCCUUAAACACCCCUUAGCCCUACUGGCCUUGUGUGCAGGACUCCUGCCUGACUUCCCAGCAUAGAAUCAACAGUGCAUUUGUACUGGGUGUGGUGGGGGCAUUCAUUGAAACCCCUCCUCCCUAAUAAAGGCUACCACUCUC